GCAAGCCUUCCUUGAGCAUUUCGACCUCCUGGUCCCCGGCUCGGGGAAGGCUCCAUGGUUGGUGCCCAGCCUUCUCCCGCGACGGCCAGAGACGACUGCAGCGCGCAGCACGCCCGAGGUCGUCUUCGUGCUGGACUUCAAAGGCGCCUUCAGGCGCCUUCUUUCCACGCUGAUUCCCAGGCUGCUCUGCCAACUGCGCAAGCGCUAU